CAUUUCGGUCGGACGGUCUUUGCAUUGUGCAAUUAUCCAGCUCUUCUGACCUCCGGUAUCCUCCGACUCGAAGAAUUACAGGAUUCUCCCAUAGAGGAUUUCCCAGUGGAUGUUCGACGGGAACACAGAGUGUUUAUGGAACUUAUUAAUUCUUACCCUGGUCUUCUGGAUUGCCUGACGAAUGGCGAGGAGGAGGACAUCAUUCAGGUAGGAGAAUUGCUAGGUAGAGGAGCAUCUGGUGCACGAGGUGACGAUACCAAGACCCUCAAAUCCGCCGUCCUCGAAUGGCUUGUUCCCAGGGGACAGCCAGUUAUACCACCUCUUUCUCGAAACAUUAAGUCUGACCGUGGGUUUAAUCAUGAAGUAACAGGUGCUUUGCUCUGUCCCGCAGGCCUCGAUUGGUCGAAUGCAGAUACCAAACAGAGUCUCCAGAGCGGUGAAAUCGCCGUUUGUGGUGACCAGUGGCCCAUGUUUUUAUACGCCGGAUGUGUAUAUGAUCCUGAAGAUCCCUGGAAGGGUUUACUGAGGAGCGAAAUACUAGUAUUUGGCUUCAAACACGUCUUCAUGUCUCCGAGCUCGGUAGAUAAGGAGCCUAAAGCUACCUGCUCCGGUAAUGCUUACCUGCACGGUAUGAGGUCUGCGACUAAAGGAUCUCUGGCCUAUAUUGCCACACAGGUUCGGUUUUCGUUAAGCUCGUCAUCCGUAUUUUCCCGUACCGAUAUGGUGACGGACUCAGAAAAUUUCUAUCAUAGUAUCCUUGACCUAUUGGAAGAUCCUGAUGAAAGUGAGGAAGUAGUCGAGUUGAUGACAUGGUGGACACAUCGGGUUUUUCCUAAUUCUUCAUCUGCACAGCGCGGUGUCAGCAAAAACAGUGCGCUGUCGAAGAUUCGGGAGAAACGGGCUGCCCUACAAGCCACUGCCAGUGCUGGCCUCAAUUAG